CGUCCUUUCCACUAACCGUCUUGCCAUGUCCGACCUACUCCAUCCUCAACAUUCCGCUGGAAUACCCUACUCACGACCUCAUUCGCCCGGAGUAUCUCCGCCACAGGUGGGAUUCGUCGGUAUCGGGUCCAUGGGAUUCUAUAUGGCCAGAAAUCUGGCUACUCAUCAGUCCCCAAAUGCUCCACCUCUGUUGAUAUGGAAUCGUUCGCAACCAAAGAUUCAAAAGUUACUUGAAGAGGCUGGAUCCGAAAACGUUCGCGUUGCUCAGAAUCUGGAACAGAUCGCAACGGAGUGCGAUAUCAUCAUUACUUCGUUGGCGAACGACGGGGUGGUCAAAUCGGUUUACGAGCAGUUGACAAAGGCCCUCUCGCAUGCACCACCCGUAAGACACAAAAUCUUUGUGGAAACGAGCACAACCUAUCCCACCCUCGCUGGGGAACUUGAUAAUCUUGUAUCGGCAGUUCCGCAUUCCAAUCUAGUGACUUGCCCCGUCAUCGGCGCUCCUAAGGCCGCCGAUGCAAGACAACUUAUCAUUGUUAUGAGCGGGGAUUAUAGGUCUAAGAAAGAUGUAGCUUAUCUGCUUGUACCCGCAGUCGGACGGAGGGUUAUUGACCUCGGAGAAAAUCUCGAGAAGGCACCCACCUGCAAGUUAAUUGCGAACUCUAUGAUUCUCGGAAGUCUAGAAAUCCUUGCUGAGGCUUACACGCUCGCGGAGAAGUCGGGCAUUGGAGCCGAGAAUGUUGAUAGUAUCGUUAAAGACAUAUUCCCGGCUCCUGGUGUUAUGGCUUAUUCUGAGAAGAUGAAGAACGACCAUUUUGAUGGAUCGGCUGGAUUCACUAUUGACGGUGGUAUCAAAGAUGCCAGGUGGGCCGCUUUACUUCAUUACUGCAAUGUCAUUUCCAACGUAUCAAUCGACAGCCACAUCCGCCGUCUCACAGCCGAACAUGAUACCCCAAUGCCUCUUGCUGACAUUGCCUAUCAGCAUCUGAUUACUGCUCGCGCUAUUCAUAACAUAAUGAAAGCAGAAGGCAAGGAAGUUUACGAUCCCCUUGACUGGAGUGCCAUUGUCGCAAGUACCAGGAUCGCCGCCGGACUCGACGCUUUUGAUAGCUCGAAGCACACGGCCGUUGUAAGAGAAGAGUAACAUGUUUUCGAGGAUCCGUAUAGAAUCGACGCUGCUGAAGAAUCUUUGGAAUGUAUGUAUGUUAUAACAAUUGCUAGAAAUCUGGGUUUUCUUGGAAAACAGCUGUCAUGUUUGUCAUGCCACUUACUAGAUCUAUGGUCCGGGUGUCUUAUUUAGGACCAUUAUUUAAAGGAACUUUUAUGCCUUGUUCUAUUUUCUGUACGGCCGUGGUAUAAGUAUUUCCGAAGGACGUCG